AUGGAGCUGGCUAGCCGGGUCUCCAACUUUCAAUCAGACUUAGAUUUCUGCCCAGAUUGCGGCUCGGUCCUGCCGCUGCCUGGAACUCAGGAUACUGUCGUCUGCCCUCGCUGUGGCUUCUCCAUAGACGUACGAGAUUUCGAAGGGAAGGUUGUCAAGACAUCAGUCGUGUUCCACAAACUGGGGACGGCUAUACCCACGUCUGUGGAUGAAGGGCCUGAAUCCCAGGGACCAGUGGUUGACAGGCGAUGCCCUCGAUGUGGUCAUGAGGGAAUGGCCUAUCACACCAGACAGAUGCGUUCAGCUGACGAAGGACAGACUGUCUUCUAUACCUGCAUCAACUGCAAGUUUCAGGAAAAGGAAGAUUCUUGACCUUUUUGUUUUCUGGCAACUCAGCAACAGCAUUCCUCCUCUUGGAAGGUGAAGAUGUUGGUCUUCUGAUGCCUUCUCCUUACACUCUGGCCACUUUGUUCCCUCUGGUGCUUUGUUCUCAGGAUAAGAUCGUCACCCCAGAGCAUUUCUUCCUUUAGUUGAAUUUACUAAAGUUAUAUUUUCUAUGAAA